CCCAAUAAAAAUGUUUGCAUCCAAUCAGAAUGGGAACUCACCGAAUGAACUGCUCGCACCCUUCCAUAAUUUCAAAGUGAAAGAAGCAGCUUCUCAGUCGUCAUCAAACCUCAGCAUCAACAGAACCGUUUCUAACCAACUAGCAUUCCAGUGCAAAUUACACAUUUAAUCUGAUAAGUUACCAAAAGUGAGCACAGUAACUGUGAUAAAUUAGUUCACAAUCGCAGCAUGUCAAAUCACUCGAAACUACCGCCGUCUACCAAAGGAUUACUCACAGUGUUUGAGAAAGCCAACGCAAGUGUAGUGGGGUCUGCAUUGAUAAAAGUUUCCGGCGAACCCUCCAAGGAUUGUGCAUUUGGUGGUGGGGGCUCAAUUGAGGGCUCCAGCAAUAUGGCGUCCAUUCACGAAUCCGACGAGGAUUUAUCGGAUUUCUCUUACAAUGACAGCGACGGAAUGGAAGACGAUUCACGUCAUUCAUCAGUUGACGAGAAAAAUGAUCACUCAUCCAGUGCUCCAUCAAAAGAAGAACUAUCGUCGUGCAAGCUGAACUCUUUGAAUUCUUCUCCAACGGUUUUGCCAGUACUGAAUCUAGUCGGUACCAAGCUUGGCAUCGGAAGCGGAACAGUGGUUCGAAAAAUGUUCACCAACACGAGGGAACGUUGGCGCCAACAGAAUGUAUCCGGUGCCUUUGCAGAACUUCGCAAAUUAGUCCCCACGCAUCCCCCGGACAAGAAGUUGUCCAAAAACGAAAUUCUUCGUAUGGCCAUUCGAUACAUUCGUUUACUAACCAACGUGCUCGAGUGGCAAAAGAAGCAGGAAGCAAAUGAUAAAUCUGAUCAACAGGAUAAGCCAACCAACAUGUCAGGCUUCAACAAACAAUUGCGACAGUUCAACGGAGGAAAUAAUGAAAACCACUUCACCGGAAACUAUCGAAACAACGGAAACAACCUACUGAUGGUGGUUCCGAAAGCUUUCAGCAAGAUACAACUUAGCCAGAAGUGUGCCACGGAAUUUUCCAACGGUUUUCAACGUCCCAUCAAAGUGGAACCUUCCCCUGGCUGUGGAGGCACAAUCGAAAAGAUCAAACUUGUCAGCAAGUUGUGUCCGUCGGGCAAGAUAAGCAAGAAUGGGUUGAAAAAUAGAAGGAAAGCAGUCCCACUUUGUGCCAUUGAGGGCGGUAUCAAGACGGAUCUGGGAUUUGCCGGGUACAUGGAAAGAACAGCAGUGGAAAAUGAGAUAAAACGUGAAAUUAAUCACGGCCACCACGGUCAGCAUCAGCAGCAACGAGUAACGGACCGUGAUGGACCCGACUUCGAACAAAAUCUUGAUACGAAAAAAUGCAACGGGGAUCGAUGUGAUGAUGAUAAAAAGUAAAGGAUCCUCAGUGCAAUUAGUUUCGGUCUCAAGCCACAGCAACCGCUUUUCUUAUAUUUCACAUUUAAUGAAUCCUCAACUCCGCAGGCAUAGGGCAAGUUUUUUUUUUGUCAAUUUUGGAUGGAACCAGUAUGGUAAUGAACUACUUGGGCACUUCCAUGAUUCACUUUGGCAUGGAGGUUUGUUCACAAAUUUCAUAUCGCUGAAAAUGGCUUAUUCUGACACCCAAUCACUCCCUUGCGACACUUUCUUCUUACAAAUUUUAAAUUAACUUUAACAACUUUAGAACACCCACAGCGUCAUGAAAAUUGUGACCUUGGGGGGUUUUCCUUGACAGAAUUGUUUAAAAGCAAGUCUGAAACACUUUAACACGAAAAUGUUGGUCAAAUGUUAGCCCCACAGCAUUAAAAAACAUGCCGAAGUUUAUCGAAAAUUCCAAGAGCAUAAUAUGGUAACUAUAACGUGUAGUAACAUUGGAUUUAGCAAUCCUAGAAUUACAGUGGUAGCAGCACAAUUUUGUUUCUCGAAAUCCGUAGGAAUGUUAUUUAUGUUACGUCAAAUUCUCGAAUAAAAGGACAAUAGUCGUGCAAUAUUGCAUAAUAUAUCAAAUAAAAUCAAUAAAAAUAACUCCCAAGAGUA